GGAGGCCGAGCGGGGAUGUGCUCCUUCUUGAGAAUGGGGUCCCUCAAAGGGUUGGGGACUCCCAAGGGUUUGGAAACUUCCCUCCAGCCAGGUACAGCUUUUCCCUUAGAGAUGAACGCCCUUGGAGGAAAGAGGGUGUCUGGGAGGAAAUCUCCCUCUCGUGCGGAGGUCGGGCUCCCGCGGGAAGGAAAGGAUGAUUUAGGAGAGAGGAGUGUCUUCGUGGGAAUAAAAUCUCCGACGGAGUUGGGGCUCAGAAAGGGAUUAGGAAAAGAUUCUCCCAGGAGGGAGAGCCUGUCGGUUAAUAAUAAAUAUGAAGCGAGGAUAGCAUCAUCACAAAGAAAAUCUCCAUUGAGUGAGGAGCUCGAACUGAGAUUAAAAAGACAGAAUAUUUCGAGGACCCUCAUGGAGAGGAGUAAUUUGGGAGCCAACAGGGUCUUAACCUCACGGGAAACAAAACCUUCCCUGGGCAUGCUGCCAGGAAGAGUCGGUUUAGAAACUGAAUGUGUUCUGGCAGGGUGUUCUCCUGGGAGGAUGACCCAGCCUCCUGUGAGCAUGGUGUGUGAGAGGCCGCAGUCUCUUGGGAGAGGGAGAGGUCCUGUGGCUGGUGCCCCUGAAGGGUUGGGGACUUCAGAGUGGAAGCAGCCUGCCUUGGGUAUGGAACCUAGACCAGAACUGGAAACACAGCCGACCUGUAUGGUGAUGGAGCCCAGUGCAGAAAUGAAGCCUCGUGUGGAGGUGGACACUGGGCUGCUCCAACCAGAGGAGCUGGAUGAAACCAGGACCACAGAUCCCCAAACGGGCUUGGUGAUAGAACCUCCUGAACACCAGGUUGCUCUACACCCUGAAAAGAAAAAAGAGGCUGAAGCAGGAGUAGAACCUCCAGAUCGAAUCAGACCCAUAUACUCUGGGAAAUUUUUGGAUCGGACGCCUGACUGGCCAAGUGCAGGGAAAGUUAUUCCAAUUGGAUACAGAGUUGCAACCUGCUUGACUGAAAAGUUUCCCAGGCCAGUAACUCCACCUGAGGCAAAAAAAUUUUUCAACUUCAGAUAUCCACCUGCUGGAGCCGAAAGAGUAUUUUAUGGCAGAGCAAAUGAUCCCCAAAUUGCCCCUUACUUGACACAUGGAAUAAGGUCUAAAAUUUCAAUACCGGCAAAGGUAUUGGUAAACCCACAACCCAUUACAAAAUUUCAACAGAAAAUUAAAGAUAAAAAGGAAUCAGUUUACUUUAGCAAUCAACGGGCCCCACUGGGAAAAUCUCAUGAUCAAACACCAAGAUUACCUAAAGGCAUGGAUAUACUCAAUACGACAUUUGGGACAGCAUUCAUCAGAGAAUUAUCUGCUAGAGAUGUGGUGAAUCCACUAAAACCCUAUGAAGAAGUAUUCAAAGAAGGACAGGAAGGACAUGAUCUGUAUAUUGUUUCUCACAAUGAUUAUUAUGUGGGAGAAGCAAAGAACCGAAAGUAUAACCCAUCCAGUUUCCAUAGGUUUAACUUGUAUGGGGUCCCAACACCACAUUUUAAUGAUGGACGAACCAUAGCAAAAACUUUAUAUUGGCUCCAUGAACUACAAAUGAAAAGAGGAGCUAAAGUUGUGUCCAAGAGAGUUGAUGAUUUCAAGGAAAAGUUUCAACAUGAACUUGGAAGAGUUUUAGAUCCCAUUGCAGAAACAAUGAAUGUUCCCCCAGACCAUACAUUUGGAGCGUGUCUCCGUCCAGAGGAGUACGGAGCUGGUGAUCUCAUCCAUAACAGACUUCCUGGUGAGUGUCUUCGAGGCAAGGACAGGCAGAGAGCCCUGACUGCAGCGGUUCGACAUCACUUGAAGAAAGUUAACUACCAAAACUUCAACAGUUUGCUGGCAGCUUUCAGGCACUAUGACAAGAAGGGGGAUGGGGUAAUUGAUAAAGAUGAACUUCUGGAAGUUUGUGACCAGUUCAGCUUGCGUUUGGAUGAGAAACUGCUGGACCAGCUCUUUGACUACUGUGAUGUGGAUAAUGAUGGGUUGAUUAACUACCUCGAGUUUGCAAACUUUCUGAACUGGAAAGAUAAGAUGCCUCUUAAAGAGUAUGAAGAGAGGGUCAUUAUUAAAGGUAGAAAACCAGAUUGUGCAAACCCUGCUGAAGCUCAUGUUGAAGGAUCUGAACCAACCCUCCUGAUAAAGCCUGAAGAUAUUGUCUUCAAAGAACCAGGGAGCUCAGAAAAGACUCUCCGGACACUUCUGAGGCCAAAUGAUAAAGUUUCUGAUCACUAUAAGACAACUUCUUCUGAGAUCAGUGCGGUUGUAGGAGCUGUUCCUUCUACUUGUUAUCCCAUCUAUGGUGUUCCAACCAUUCGGUCUGAUAUUCCUGCCCCCCGAAUUCGUCGUGUCAGUGAUAGAACUAAUUAUGGGGAAGAGGGCAAUGCCUAUUCAUUACUGCAUCCUACCAUCUUUGGCCAGAAAGGAGUAUAUGAAAGAGACUUCUUCAAGCCAAAAUCAAAAAAAGAGAUUGCACAGAUAUUAGGUAACAUUGGUGUCAGCCUUUCUGAUGAAGAAUUUGAAAAUGUAUGGAAUCUUGCAUCCAAAAAACAUCACCAAGGAGAAGUUUGUGUGGAGAACAUCAGAAAUGUUCUGGAUGAGCUACAACAUGCAGACAGGAUCAAGUGUAAAACCACCACAAUGUGAUAUUUUUGGAGUCCGUUCAUUUAAGCAGGAGAAUUGUUAAAUCUGUGUUCAUCUACAAUGUUCAGUUCACUCUGGUUUUAGAUAGUAUGUCAUAAUUCAGCAGUCACUGUGGUGGGACUCA